CGCCAUCCGCAUCGCCAUGUGCCAGAACCUGGGCUACAAUGUCACCAAGAUGCCCAACCUGAUGGGACACGAGCUGCAGGCGGACGCGGAGCUGCAGCUCACCACCUUCACCCCCCUCAUCCAGUACGGCUGCUCCAGCCAGCUCCAGUUCUUCCUUUGUUCGGUCUAUGUCCCGAUGUGCACAGAGAAGAUUAACAUCCCCAUAGGUCCCUGCGGCGGCAUGUGCCUCUCCGUCAAAAGAAGAUGCGAACCCGUUUUAAAAGAAUUUGGAUUUGCCUGGCCGGACAGCCUGAACUGCAGCAAAUUCCCACCCCAGAAUGAUCACAACCACAUGUGCAUGGAGGGCCCAGGAGACGAAGAGGUUCCCCUUCACAGCAAGACCUCCUUGCAGCCUGGAGAAGAGUGCCACAGCAUGGGAUCUAACUCGGAUCAGUACAUCUGGGUGAAGAGAAGCUUGAACUGUGUCCUGAAGUGCGGCUACGACGCUGGUCUCUACAGCAGGUCAGCUAAGGAAUUCACAGAUAUCUGGAUGGCCGUGUGGGCCAGUCUUUGCUUCGUCUCAACUGCCUUCACAGUCCUGACCUUCCUGAUUGAUUCAUCCAGAUUUUCCUACCCGGAGCGCCCAAUCAUAUUUUUGAGCAUGUGCUACAAUAUUUAUAGCAUUGCUUAUAUUGUGAGGCUAACUGUGGGCCGGGAAAGGAUAUCCUGUGAUUUUGAAGAGGCAGCAGAACCUGUUCUUAUCCAAGAAGGUCUUAAGAACACAGGAUGUGCUAUAAUUUUCUUGCUGAUGUAUUUUUUUGGGAUGGCUAGCUCCAUCUGGUGGGUUAUUCUCACAUUGACGUGGUUUCUGGCUGCAGGACUCAAGUGGGGCCAUGAAGCUAUAGAAAUGCACAGCUCUUAUUUCCAUAUUGCAGCCUGGGCUAUCCCCGCGGUGAAGACCAUCGUCAUUUUGAUUAUGAGACUAGUAGACGCAGACGAGCUCACCGGUCUGUGCUACGUUGGGAACCAGAACCUAGAUGCGCUGACGGGCUUUGUUGUCGCUCCGCUUUUUACCUACCUGGUCAUCGGGACUUUAUUCAUUGCAGCGGGACUAGUGGCCUUAUUUAAAAUCAGGUCUAAUCUCCAGAAAGAUGGAACUAAAACUGACAAACUGGAAAGGCUGAUGGUCAAAAUCGGUGUCUUUUCAGUGCUGUACACCGUCCCAGCAACGUGUGUCAUUGCCUGUUAUUUCUACGAAAUCUCCAACUGGGCCAUUUUCCGCUAUUCGGCAGAUGAUUCCAAUAUGGCAGUGGAGAUGCUCAAAAUCUUCAUGUCCCUCCUGGUGGGUAUUACAUCAGGUAUGUGGAUCUGGUCAGCCAAAACUCUGCACACGUGGCAGAAGUGCUCGAACAGACUGGUGAACUCAGGGAAAGUGAAACGGGAGAAGAGAGCAGAUGGUUGGGUGAAACCUGGGAAAGGGAAUGAGACUGUGGUAUGAGAAAAGGACGACAGCCCGGUGGUCUGCUCUCCUGUGAAGGACUGAUCGUGUGUAAGCAUUGCUGUGUAAAUGUUGGGAGUAGAGUAGGGAGACGGUUACACAACCUGUCUCUGGGGGAUGGAAAAAAAAGCCUUAAAGAAUAAAAAGCAAAAAGGUCAUGCUGCAGAUACAAUAGCCAUAAACCAUGCUGCCCAAAAUAGGAAAGCCCAGGGGGGCUUUAAAAGCUGUGAAAUAUCCAAACACGUUAUCUUCCUUUUUUUUUUUUUUUUUAAAGCAGGAUGCAAUAUACUGAAGUCUUUAGAAGCUGAGGGACUGUAGCCCACAGCUGUGGGAGCUUGUUUUCUUUUCAUCGUCUUAUAGCUGAUGGAGGAAAGGUGGUCUGGGGCCAAAUUCUGGGCUGAUUUAGGGUCCAGUUAUCAGAAGAUGGAGCACCCAGGACCUCCGUUAGAUGUCUUCUUUCCGAGUUCAGCAUCGUGAAGGAAGCGCCUGCCGAGGGUUGUGUCUUUGUGCCCUGGGGAAUUCUGUUGCUCCUAUACGUUGCACAAAUCAGCCAAGGAUCAGGUCCUCCGGCAAAUACCAAGUGAACUCUCCAGGUCUGAGAGUUACACAUGAUGAGUAGGAUUUAGUGAGGUAUUAGUGAGGAUGAUUCUUUAAGUCAUCUGAUGGUCUAAUAAUAAUUUUGACUGAUUUACUGUCUGUAACCUGGUCUGAAUUGAGAGUUGACUCUGCCUUGAGCAGGAAUUUGGACCUCCCUAGGUCCCUUCUCACUGAAUUAUUCUAUGGUUCAAUCAAUAUUUCUAAUUUUUUAAAAGCUUUACUCAAGGCCAUUGUCAGCAGUAGAGGAGUCUGGGAGCUGGGAAACUGCGUAUGGUCUUCUGCAUCGAUUAUUGUUAUCCGUCUGCCUCCGUUCCUGUCGCUUCAGGUGCUCCUGCUGUUUCCAGUGAACUACUUUAUUCUGCUGCAUUUAAUAGCUUUAAAUAAAGUCUUACAUUAUAGUGUUCCUUCCUCCAGGAAAGAGAAAAAUGAGUUGAGGGUCUCUUCAAACAAUGCCAGUUUUCUCCAAGUAAACUUAUCUGGCUCUCUCUGGAGACCAAUUGCAUGAAGCAAUUAAGUCUUAAUAUAUUUCAUUCCAUGCGAUGGUAUCUCUGCAGACGCCAGUCUGGGGAGAAGCGAGAUGUUAAGUUCCUUGGCAACCUCAUGUUCACACAGAUCAGUUGUAUAAUUAUGUGUGUCAGUUACAAUUAAAAGAACAUUCUCAGCCCAUGACAUCGCAGUACAGCUGACUGCCUCACAACGAUGCUCCGAUUGCUCACUGACAGCUAUGGAGAUUUUUUUUUUUUUUAAUAUAUAUGUACAUGCAGAAUGUGAGCAGUCCUUCAGUCCCCAGUUUUUGUAAAGGGAUCCCAAGAGAAGAGAUCCAACUUCUUGGUGAAUAAUGUUGUUUCAUAGCAACUGUUGAGUUUUCUUAUCCUUUUAUUUGAGGAGGCGUCAGCUUGUGCUCACGGGGAGCUUGAACCUUGUCCUUUGAAGGACCUUCGGUUUUAUCUGUGUGCCCUAAACUUUUGCUUCAUUUGUUUGUGUGGAACCUGGUCAGCUGCGGAGCAUCCCGCCGGUGCCCCAACUCGCACGACCUUCGGGAGCAGCUGAGAACAGACACUGCUUUAUUACAGUCCUUGCUUUUCACACAGGUGCCCCAUGUGCUUCCCAAACCACAAUUCAUUCCAGCUCUGGCCAUGAGCACUAAUCUGUCCCAGAAGCAUGUAUUGUUUCAAUGUCAAUGUUGAAACAUGUGCUAGAGCACUUUUUUAAAAAAAAAAAAACACAAACCCCAAACAAACCCUAAUUGCAGUCUUUGCGGUUGGGCUCCCUCUCCAGCAGAACAAGUGACAACUUGACACAUUCUGCUCAAGACGCACAAGCAUUGUCUUGGCCAAUGUCGCAUACCAGCCGAGCCUUUUCAUCCACUCCAUAAAGUGUUUUGCUAUUAGUGUUGUGUUUGGAUCUGGUUAUUCCUCUGUGGACAAGGAGUUGUGCAAGAAGAUCUUCAGAUGGCCGAGCUUCUCCAUCGUGCGAUCUUUCUCCUGGCGCAGCAAGGGAUGUAAAGUCAGCAACUAUAUGUUGACUUUCAAGGGGUGAGGAUGCAAUAUGAGCCCUUUCUUGUAACCUAGUAUUGGGCUGUGCCAAGGUGUCACAUUCACUCAAGUGUCCUUCACUCUGGAAUGGUUUGGAUACUCUCCUGGCCGCUAUGACCCAUGUUUGACCUGACUGAUUCAAUAAACAACGUUUUUAACCAUGUUAUGUACACAGAAGUGAAUGUUAAGUAGUACAUUGUUAUCAGAUCCCUGCAUCUCUGCCUGUGACCCUGUGGACUGUGACAGACGGAUGUCCCCAGUGAUUUGAGACGUUGGAAAUGAGUUGGAUGAGGAUAGCACUGCGUAGCCCUAUGAGGGACCUGGGGGGGAUAUUCCAUUAAAGAGUGUGAGGGACUCAAAU